AUGCGGACCAGUACUUUCCAAUAUCAAUGGCCUCGGGCUUUUGCGGCUCUCUCGCGACUUGAACAUCUUGUCGUCUCCGACGUCGUGUUUCGUGCUCCGAGUGGGACUGCGCUUGAUUUGAAAGUCCUCUUCCCUGUUCUGGAAAGCAUUCAAUUGAAGAGGGUCAUGUUCGAAGGGAUUGAUCUUCACCAUCUACUUGAAGCUUGUCUUGCUCUCGAGACACUAUCUCUGGAGAACGUUGUCAGCCAUCCAUUUGACCCUGCAGCCUCUCACCUGCCUUCAGAAAAUUCCACAUAUGCCGCUGUGGAAUCUCAGGCCAUUGACACUCUCGUUUGCUUUUCGGAGGCUGACUUGAACCUCUUGGUUCAGUAUCCCAUAAUUCGUUUGCGCAGGCUGGGUACGAUUCUAUCCAUGAACCCAUUCCUCCAAGACAUCCUCCGUCUUGCGGGGAAUUCACUGGAACAUCUCGUCAUUGAGGACAUAUACAGUUCUCUCUCGCCCCGUAACUUUGCCGUAGACCUUGAUUUCGGGAACAACGAGCAAUUAGAGUCAUUGUAUCUGAUCCGCUCUUCGAAAGUGACGCGAAACAUUGAUUUUCUCGACGUCCUCUCUUCCAUAAGGCCUUAUCACACUAAUUUUAAAGAAGUCCAUCUUACGCUUCAUCGUAAAGGCACAACAUGGACAUCUUACCUCGAUCGCCUUUUAUGA